GGAUAAAUUGAGAUUUCUUUCUUAUUGGCUUUUCCUGGCUUAUGUUUUUUGGACUUUGAACCUCGCGAAUACCUGUCUUCUAUCAAAUGGGGAUCAAAGAACUGCCAGUUCGUGAACUAGAUUUUGGCAACUCUACAGGUUUCGAGCCGAUCCCGACAGAAACCUCCUGCUGCUCUGGUAACUACGCUCGCAUACUUGUGUCUAAACUCUCCGAGUCUGGCAAGACUACAUUCUCGGAAGACCGCCAUGAUGAUGCCUCAUCAAAGACUCGCUCUGGGGACGUCUACUAUGGUGAAGCCUUAGCCCAACAAACAUGGAGAUUUGAGUGGCAGAGCCCAGUGCAACACCCAGAGAUAUGUCCUGAAUCAUAUGCAUCAACAUUAAGUUACAGGUACAUGAAAUAUACAACCCAAUAAACUUGAGAGACUUUCAUUGGUUCAGUGAUUAAAUGACAAACUAAGAU